AAAUAAUUUAACGCUCAAUUUUAUCAUUCUUAAAAACAAACAACUUUUAGAUUAAUUGGCACUACUGUCAUGGGUUUUGGUAGUACCUAUCUGUGUUGUGUUCAAUAAAUUAUAUUACCUGUAGGUAGGUAUGCAUAAAAGCAUUAAUUGUAAUGUGGUAAGAGCAUUACAAAUUAUAAUAAAAUUUCAGUGUAUAGUAGUAUACGUGAAAGAGGGAGAUGGUACUGGGGACAGCGCCUGGCGGCAGGCGAGGCAGCGCCCUGCUGCAGCCACGAGAGGUAAGCAUGGUAGUAGAGACCACAGUGGAGAACGUAACAGAGCCGAGUGCAGAGGCAGCGCGAGCUUUACAUGAGCGUUUGGUGGCGUACGUGCACGCAGUCGCGGGCGCCGCGCCGCGCGGCGACGUCUGGGUCGAGCACUCGUACGCGCGCGCGCGGGAGCUGCCGCAGGCGCGCGAGCUGCUGGCGCCGCGGCCGCCGCCCGACGGCGAGCUGGACGUGUGCCGGCUCGAGCGCGCGCCGUCGCCGCUCGAGCGCGCGCUCGAGCUCGAGCACGAGCACGAGGACGACGCGCUUGAUGGCGACAGCGACGCGCCCCCCGACUGGGAGACCAAGGUGGCCGCGCUCGCACCCAGCUCCGCCCACGCGCGCCUCGCCGCCGCAGCCGCCGACAUCCUGCAGCGGCUUCGCCUGGCGCGGUUGGCGGGCGGCGGGUCCGAAGCCACGCGCGCUGCGGCGCGCCGUCUGCGGCUGGCGCUAGCCCCUCUGUGGGUGUGGCCCGGCCCCUCGCAGUUGCGGCCGGCGCCGUGGCUGAACGCGGCGCUGCUAGCGCACUUGCCGCGCUCGCUGCGGCGGCUAUACGACGAUGUGCUGUCGCAGCUGCGCCGCACCGCGCCGCGACUUACGGAGCGGCUGAUGCUGGGGCGACUGCCGCCCCCCGCCUCGGACCCUUUGGGCGCGGUUGGCCCGGCGUUGGGCCCGGAUGCGGCGGGUCCGGUGCUGGCGUGGGUGAGCGCGGGCGGCGCGGACGCGCGCUGGACGCGGCGGCUGGCGGCGCUGCUGCACGUGCGCGAGCUGCGCGCGGCGGGCGGCGGCGCGCCCGACGCGUGGUGCGCGCAGGCCGCCGCCGCGCUCCGCGCCGACUUGCUGGAAGUUAUCGCCGAAGCCGGGCCGCGUGGUGUGGUGGUGUGCGGCUGCGGGGGCGGGGCGGCGCUAGCGGCGGUGGUGGGGGGCGAGGCGCGCGGCGUGGCGCUGCUGGCGCCGCCGCUGUUGACGCCGGAGGGCGGGUGGCCGCAGCGCUCUCUGCCGGCGCGCGCGCUGCUGGUGGUGGGCACGGGGGCGGGCGGCAGCGGGCGCGGCGCCGCCCACGCGGCCGCCGGUCGCCACCGCCGGCUGCUGCUGGUGGCGGGCGCGGACGAUGCGCUAAGGCUGCCGUACGCGCAUCGCGCGCGUCUCAAGUUGCCGCAGCACGCGCUCGACGCUGCUAUCGUUGAGGAGGUGUAUCGGUGGGCGCUGGAGAUGAGCGAGGCGGGGUCGGGGUCGGAGUCGUCGCCGGCGCCGUCGCCCGAGCGCCGCCGCGACAGCGACACGAGCGAGGACGCCUCCAGCCUCGCCCUCGUCACACCUAGGUCCAAUCGAUCUAUUGAAAUCGUCGAGGGCCGCGUGGUAUCGCGCGUGUCGGGCCACACGCCGCUGGCGCUGCAGCCGCCAGCGCCGCAGCCGCCGCAGCCGCCGCAGCCGCCGCCGCGGCGCCGCGAGCUGGAGCCCAGCGCCGCCGACAUCCUGCACAUGCCCAUCGUGUUCGCGGACGACGCGUCGCUCGCCGCGCCGCCGCCGCUCACCGUCACCAGCGGCGAUGCCAGGGGCUCUAGCGGGCGCAUCACGCGCGUGAUCGUGGCGAAGCGCGGGCGCGCGUCCGGCGCCGGCGCGCUCGUGCUGCGCCGCGCUGACUGAGCGCCGCCGAUAAUCUUCCAGUAACUGUCGACCGUUUGUAAGUGCAACAAGCAUGAAUAGCAUCUAUAAAAAAAUAAACAUAUUCAAUAAU